AUGGCGGCCGCGAAGCCGUCACUGCCAACAUGGCGGCCUCCACACCAGUCACCAUGGCAAAAGUUUCUCCGCAACCCAGCACAGUACACUGCGCAGUGCCUCUACCCGUACCGAGCCAAGAUAGAACUAGACAACACUGCACAAGAUGCGAUUUCUGUAGUAUGCAUCUCCGACACGCACAAUACCCAGCCCGACGUGCCCGACGGAGAUGUGCUCCUCCACGCCGGCAAUCUCACCAUCGGCGGCACCUACGUGGAGCUCCAAAGCCAGCUCUUCUGGCUGGACAAGCUGCCUCACAAAUACAAGAUCGUAAUUGCGGGAAACCACGAUCUGCUGCUAGACCCCGCGUUCGUGGCGCGCUCGCCGCACCGCAUCCGGGAGCACGAGGGCACAUCGCGCAGUGACCUGGACUGGGGCACCGUCACGUAUCUCUACAACACGACGACGAGCCUCACUUUCGGCAACGGCCGCACAAUGACAGUCUACGGAUCGCCGUGGACGCCCGCGUUUGGCAGCUGGGCGUUCCAGCACCCCGAAAUGCGCUCCGCCUGGCCCGGCUCGGUCCCGCAGGGCGUGGACAUUGUGCUGACGCAUGGUCCCCCCAAGGGACUGCUCGACGACGGAACGGGAAGAGGCUGCCUACAGCUGCGUGAGGAGAUUGCGCGUGCAAAACCAAAGCUUGUCGUGUUUGGCCACAUUCAUGCGGGGCGUGGCCGAGACCAGAUCCGACACGACCGUGCCCAGAAGGCGUACGACCAGAUCAUGAACGGGAGCGAAGGUCUCUUGCGCUCUAGCUCAGAAGAGGCAACAACUCUGGUGAAUUGUGCUGUGGUUGGGCCGACUAUGGAUCGUGUAGAACACACCGGAACAGUAGUCAACAUCUAG